GAAGAAGAAGAAGAAGAAGAAGAAGAAGAAACCAUCAACAGGUCAAAGGUCACCAUCAUCUGAUCUGCACAACACGACGCAACUGGAAGAUGGAGGAGUGACGGGCAGGUGCGCCAGGAUCAGCCGCCAUGAUGGCGCCGAUCAGAGGACGGACAGGAAGUCUGAACCUGCUGCACUUCCUGUUAGGUGUGUUCCUGGUUGAAGCAGGUGUCUGUCUGGAGCUUCUUCCUUCAGCGUCUAAAGUUCUCCUGAACUCAAACUCCAACUACACUGUGGUGUGUUCGGGGUGGAGUCAGGUGACCUGGCGGUUACCUCAGGACAUUCAGGUGGGCGGGGUUACUGUGGAGACACAGGGCUCCAGCAGCGUCCUGCAGCUCCUGAACGCCACCUGGAGGAAUUCUGGGAGAUACACGUGUGAAGAGGAGUUCCCUGACGAGAGCCGAGAGGUCGACGUAUUCAUACCUGGACAAGGUCCUGAGGAAUGGUUCGUCCCGCUCGGUCCAGGUGUGGUGAUGAAGGAGUCGGAGGAAGAUACCAUCCCCUGCGUGGUGUCUGACCCGCAGCUCAGUGUCACGCUGUACGAGGGUCGCAACAGGAUCCCGGUUACCGGGACGACGUAUGAGCCGGGCCGCGGCUUCACAGGUCGUCUGAACGACACGUCAUACGUGUGCGUGGCGUCACGCGGAGCCGAGGAGAGAGAGUCACAGGUGUACUACGUCUACAGCAUCAUAGUGCCUCAGCAGAUGGAGGUGGAGCUGACCGUGUCCAGCCGGGUGUUGAAGCAGGGGGAGCCUCUGACAGUAAACUGCACCGUCUCAGACACUGACAUGGUCUUCUUCUCCUGGGUCUUUCCCCGCAGACAGGAGAUCGAGCCACUGACAGACUUCCUGCCCAAUCGAAUCCGCUCCUUCGUUAACAUCUCCACGGCAACGCUUGCAGAUUCUGGUGUGUAUGUGUGUGCAGUGCAGGAAACGAUGCAGGGACAAACUGUGGAGAAAAACAUCACAAUAACAGUACUGGAUCGGGGUUAUGUGUACCUGCGUGCAGGUGAGACCAACGUGUCGACCCUCCUCCACCACACGGUGGAGCUCAGCGUGGAGGUCGAUGCCCACCCUGCCCCCACAGUCAUCUGGACCAAACAGAACCAAACUGUUGCCACGGAAACCACCUCUGUCACAACCACACACCUGACUGACAGCAGGUAUGUGAGCACGGUGACGCUGGUUCGAGUCCAGAUGGAUCAGUCAGGAAGUUACACAGCGACUGUUUCCAACGACGACGACGCUGCAGAGGUCGUCUUCUACCUGGAGCGCCCCCCCAGGAUCACGUCUCUGUCGGAGGUCGGCAGUAAGGCGGUGCUGUGUGUCAGUGAGGGAGCUCCGCCCCCAUCUGUCACCUGGUACACUUGUCACAGCUCACACAGGUGCCAUAACAUGACGGGCAGCUGGAGGAGCCAAUCAGGAGCCUCUGGGGGCGUGGCUGUGCAGGAGAACAUCACAGAGGUGGAGGAGAGAGGAGUCACUCAGGUACGCAGUCUAUUGACUCUGCAGAGUCUCAGCUCUCUGUCAGCUGUUCGCUGUGAAGCCAAAAACUCUGCAGGACGAAGAGCCAGAGACCUGCGAAUACUGUCCUCCUCUCUCCUGUCCCAGGUUGCGGUGUUGGCGGCGGUUUUGGUUCUGGUUGUCAUCGCGAUCAUCUUCCUCAUCAUCCUCAUUGUCCUCUGGAGAAAAAAACCUCGUUAUGAAGUUCGUUGGAAGGUGAUCGAGUCAGUGAGUCCUGAUGGACAGCAGUACACCUACCUCGACCCCGCCCACCUGCCAUACAGCUCCACCUGGGAAAUACCACGAGACAACGUAGUACUAGGUCAGGUGUUGGGUUCAGGUGCGUUUGGUCGUGUUGUCGAGGCGACGGUCUCUGGUCUUCUUCACUCUCACUCUACGACUAAAGUGGCUGUGAAGAUGGUCAAACAAAGCAGUGGUGCAGUUCAGUCUCUGAUGUCGGAGUUGAAGGUUUUGGUUCAUCUCGGUCCUCACCUGAACGUUGUAAAUCUGCUCGGAGCGUGCACUAGAGGAGGUCCUGUCUAUCUGAUCACCGAGUUCUGUCGUCAUGGAGACCUGGUGAACUACCUGCAGCGGAACAAACACACCUUCCUACAGAGUGACGCACACACCAAGAGCGAUGCUGACGGAGGCUACAUGGACAUGAAUAAAGAGGAGAGCGUUCAGUACGUCGCCAUGCAGGAGCUCAGCUACGCCGACAUCGAACCCGCGGUGUACGAGACGCCGUACACCUCACCAGACCAGCAGGAGGCGUCGUCUCUCCUCCUCAGUGACUCUCCUCUCCUCAGCCUCAACGACCUCCUCAGCUUCUCCUACCAGAUCUCUCAGGCCAUGGACUUCCUCUCGUCCAGAAACUGUGUCCACAGGGACCUGGCAGCGAGGAACGUCCUGGUCUGUGAGGGGAAGCUGGUGAAGGUCUGUGACUUCGGUCUGGCCCGAGACCUACUGAAGGAUCAGGACUACGUCGCCAGGGGAAACACCUUCCUGCCGGUGAAGUGGAUGUCUCCAGAGAGCAUCUUCCAGAACAUCUACAGCUCUCAGAGCGACGUCUGGUCCUACGGAGUCCUGCUGUGGGAGAUCUUCUCUCUCGGUGGGAGCCCGUACCCCGACCUCCCCAUGACCCAGGAGUUUUACUGCGCUCUGAAGAGAGGAUACCGUAUGAACCGCCCCGACCACGCUCCCCACAACAUCUUCGAUGUGAUGAAACAGUGCUGGGAGGAGAAACCUCAGGACAGACCCGCUUUCUCCUCGUUGGUCGUCUCCGUCGGCAACAUGCUGACGGACGACUACAGGAAGCGCUUCGUCCAGCUGACCGACGACUUCCUGAGAGGAGAAAAUCCAGCUGUUGUUCGAUCCAGACUGAGUUCAUCCAGAGCUGCUGAGGACCAGACGGAUCAGACCAAUGUAAGUCCCGCCCCCCAGAUGAAAGUUCACCUGUCGGAGGCGGAGCCACAGGAGGCAGGCCCCUCCCACGGCACCUACAUCAUCCCCAUCACUGACAUCACCAUAGAAACCGGCAGCGGCGCUGCGCUGGACGCAGUCAGCCCUCAGCUGUCAGACUACCAGGAUGCACCUGGAGCACAGGAAGUGACAUCAUCAGCGGACAGACAGGAGGAUGCGGCCCCUAAGUUGUCCCACAGCCGUGAUGAAGAUGAGGAGAGCAGCCUGUGAAGGUCUAAGCUGCCUGUCAGGCAGAGCAGAGGGUUAAAUUACCCCUUUACAUCCUCUACGCUGCUCCUGUCAGGCAGAGCAGAGGGUUAAAUUACCCCUUUACAUCCUCUACGCUGCUCCUGUCAGGCAGAGCAGAGGGUUAAAUUACCCCUUUACAUCCUCUACGCUGCUCCUGUCAGGCAGAGCAGAGGGUUAAAUUACCCCUUUACAUCCUCUACGCUGCUCCUGUCAGGCAGAGCAGAGGGUUAAAUUACCCCUUUACAUCCUCCACGCUGCUCCUGUCAGGCAGAGCAGAGGGUUAAAUUACCCCUUUACAUCCUCCACGCUGCUCCUGUCAGGCAGAGCAGAGGGUUAAAUUACCCCUUUACAUCCUCUACGCUGCUCCUGUCAGGCAAAGCAGAGGGUUAAAUUACCCCUUUACAUCCUCUACGCUGCUCCUGUCAGGCAGAGCAGAGGGUUUGUUUAACUCUGAGAUCUCCAUUAAAACAUGACAUCAUCAGCAGUCAGCAGGCUCACAGGUUUUUGUGCCCACAGUGUUGCCUGUCAGGCUGCAACAGAAAUGGACUUUAAAAAGGUGUUUUUGAGUCAAGCGACAGGAAACAGACACAACAUGAGGUGUGAAUGAAAUGUUUGUACAGCAGGUUCUGAAUCAGAUUUAUAACUUUAUGAUAUUCAGCUUCAUAUUCUUCAUUUACUCUGAAUUAUCCUGCAAUAUCUGUAUAUCUGUUUUAUAUCUUUAUAUCUGUUAUAUCUGUUAUGUCUAUUAAAUCUGUUAUAUCUGUGUAUCUGUGUAUCUGCUCUUGUUUAUCUCGGCAGCUUUUAGAAACUUUCUACAUGAUUCAUGUUCAUCUGAACUGAAACUUUAUUAAAAAAAAUAUUUAAAAUCA